AUGUGCAACUUGGGAUUUGGUUGCUAUCCACCUACACAAAACAGUCUAAUGUUAAAGAUUGAGAGUUAUCAAUACCGUUUUCUUCAUGUUUUAAUUGGGUUAUUUGUAGUCCGAAUAAUCCAAGCGGCCGUUGUAUAUUUUGUUCCCUUCCAAUUUGAUACAUCCUCAGCAAUUUUAAUCGAUAAAUAUAAGUCAGAGAUCCCAAAAUAUCCAGGGUGGCUAUUGCAGAUAUUGAACAAUUUGACAGCAUGGGACUCUGUGUAUUUUUUAAAGUUAUCUAUGGACGGGAUUACUUAUGAGCAUGAAUGGGUUUUUGGUCCUUUAUGGUGGAGAAUGAUGAGAAUAUUCAAGACUUCAAUGAGUUUCUAUGGCAUUGAAAUGGAUAUAUACGACGUGCUUGUAUCUUUUAUCAUUUUGAACAAUGUUCUGAUUAUACUUAUUAGCUAUAUCCUUUACCAUUUAUGCCUCUUGAUUUGCGAAGGAAAUUUGAAAUUGAUUGGUAAACUGAAUAACAAGAAAUUUGCGUACUAUACAUCAUUGAUAAUUCUCAUUCAACCAUCUGGAAUAUUUUCAACAGUGUCUUACUCCGAAACAAUGGUGCAAUUUUUAUCAUAUUUGGGGGUCUACUUAUAUUUAUCAUCCAGAGGAAGAGUUACAUUAUCUAAUCGGGUUCGAUAUUUUCUUUCUGGAACGCUAUUUACUAUUGCAUUUGGUUUUAGGUCGAAUAGUCUCUUAUAUGGAAUUAUAUAUCUGACUGAUUUGUUGCAGUUUCGAAAUAUAAAAGACAUAUUCACCAUCUUAAUUACUGGUGCUCAGCUUUUCAUAGGACUGGCACUGUCAAUCUACAUUCCGUAUUCAAUUUACUGCCCCGAGAGAGGUGAAUGGUGCAACAGUUUUAGUAAAUCUCUUGUACUAUAUGCACAAUCUCACUAUUGGGAUAAUGGAUUUUUAAAAUACUUUACUAUUGCGAACAUCCCAAUGUUUGUUAUUGCGGCUCCACAACUUCUUAUUCUUGGAUUGUCAAUAAAUUUCUUCAAAAGUUGGGUGACUUUGAAAUCUCUCACUAUCAUGUCUGCCAUCUAUUUAGCUCUCCAAUUUACAACGAUGCAUGUCCAAAUAGUUAAUAGGGUGAGUACUUUUAUACCGUUACACAUUUGGUACGUUUCAUAUUUAUAUACCGUUAAUCCGGAAAGAGGGAGAUGGAUCUUGAAGUGGUGGAUAUUCUGGGUUAUUUUACAAACGGCACUUUUUGCUGCAUUUCUACCGCCAGCUUAA